AGUAAUAAUACUUAAUCAUCAUAAUGGAAGUUCAAACGGUCGAAAAGAAACCCAAUACCGGAAAACAAACAGUGACGGCGACUGAGGAGACGUCUUCAGUGGCUGAACGUACCAAAGAGGUCACUAAAGACACGGCUAACUCGCAUCUGGAACAGAAGGCCAAGAGCGUGCAGUCGGAGGAGUCGACCAAGUCUGUGUCGGAGUCGGUGGAGAAGCUGGCCAACGGUGGCGUGAAAAAGAAGACGGUAAUGUCCUCGUCGCAACAGUUCUCGUCCGAGGAAUCAUUUGAAGAGAGCUGGUCGUCUUCCGGGCCAGUCAUCACCACCACCGUGCCCAAGCAAAUCGAACAAUAACGACAACAAUAAUAUUAUAUUUUAUUAUCACCUGCGUACUUCAACAAUAUUUCACGACAAUGAUGGAUACCACGUGCGACGAUGUAAUAUUGUAUUAUAUUGCAUAAUAAUAUUAUAAUACGGUAAUGAUAAAUAGAUCGCGAUGAUAAAAGUGACGAUCAAUAAUGUUAUACUUAACAUUGUUAUAUAUAUUGUACUAUAAUAUAAUACUACAUACGUACGCGUGGCGCACUGUUUGUCAUUAUAUCGCUAACUAUCUAUAUUAUACAAAAUAUACACAAUAAUAUAAUAUUAUAAUGUUGAUGUAAUAACAUGUAAUAUUUUUUUUCGAUUGUUUUUAACGCACACAAUAAUUUUAACCGGACAUUAUACAAUGUAUUAUAAUAUUAUACUAGUGCCAUUUAAUAUAAGUACAGAUAUUUAUUUGA